GUUUGAAAUUCUGCUCGAGCUCACCUCGCCAGAACUGAGAGAUAUAAACAAAAACCAGAAACUGUGUGAAAGUUUUUUUUUAUUUACACUGUGGCGGCAAUAUAAUUAUUUCCCAGUGUGUUGCCUUUUUCAGUACCAAAAUAUUGGAAAAAGCUUUAACGAUUAGAUGAGAGACAAAUAAAAAACGUAUUUGGAUUCUUUUGUUUUAAGAAUAAUUUUUUUAACAAAUUUAAAAGUGUUGAAAGCAAUAUUAUAGUAGAUAUGAUGAGUGCAAAGUUAUUGAAGACAUUUCCACUGGCAGCUUUUGUAUUUGUUUUGUUAUCAACAAGUACACUGGCAAAUUAUAACUAUGAUAUGCCGUUACCACUUCAGGGCUACAGCUAUUCACACCCGGAAGUACCAUUUAUCGAGCCAAAAAUCUCAACUGAAGCUCCACCUUUGAAGUCGACCACACUAUCUUUUGUUUCAUCUUUUGACCAUAAAACCAAACCGACAACUGUACAACACCAAGGCUACAAUUAUCCUCACCCGGAAGUAACGUUUUUUGAGGGAAGAACAUCAACUCAAAUUCCACCUUUGAAGUCAACCAGACGUCCUAUUGUUUUACUUUUAGACCAUCCAACCAAAACGACAAUUGUACAACACCAAGGCUACAGUUAUCCACACCCGGAAGUACCAUUUAUCGAGGCAAGAACAUCAACAGAAGUUCCGCCUUUGAAGUCAACCACACGACCUAUUGUUGCAUCUUUUGACCCAAAAAUCAAACCGACAACUGGACAACACCAAGGCUACAAUUAUCCACACCCGGAAGUAACGUUUUUUGAGGGAAAAACAUCAUUUCAAAUUCCACCUUUGAAGUCAAUCACUCGUCCUAUUGUUUCAUCUUUAAACCAUACAACCAACACGACAACUGUACAACACCAAGGCUACAGUUAUCCACACCCGGAAGUACCAUUUAUCGAGGCAAGAACAUCAACUGAAGUUCCACCUUUAAAGUCAUCCACACGAUCUAUUCUUUCACCAUUCGACUAUACAACUAAAACGACAACUGUGCAACAUCAAGGCUACGGUUAUCCACACCCGGAAGUAGCGUUUAUCGAGGAAAGAACAUCAACUCAAAUUCCACCUUCGAAGUCAACCACACGUGCUACUGUUUCACCUUUGGACCAUACAACCAAACCGUCAACUGUACAACCCCAAGGCUACAAUUAUCCACACCCGGAAGUAGCGUUUUUUGAGGGAAGAACAUCAACUCAAAUUCCACCUUUGAAGUCAACCAUUCGUCCUAUUGUUUCAGCUUUGGACCAUGCAACCAAAACGACAACUGUACAACAUCAAGGCUACAAUUAUCCACACCCGGAAGUACCAUUUAUCGAGGCAAGAACAUCAACAGAAGUUCCGCCUUUGAAUUCAACCACACGACCUAUUAUUUUACCUUUGGACUAUUCAACUAAAACGACAACUGUGCAACAUCAGGGCUACAGUUAUCCACACCCGGAAGUAGCGUUUAACGAAGAAAGAACAUCAACUCAAAUUCCAUCGUUGAAGUCAACCACACGUCCUACUGUUUCACCUUUGAAACAUACAACCAAACCGUCAACUGUACAACACCAAGGCUACAAUUAUGCACACCCGAAAGUUCCUUUCAUAGAAGAAGUACCAUUUACUGCGAAACUAACAACAUUACCUAAUUUUCCAUCAUUUGAAAUAAGAACUGUACCGACAAAAACCAGUAACAGCACUUCAUCUAAAACAACUUAUACAUCGCAUGUGAAGACGAAUUCUCCAAAGUCAAACGGUUAUUCGUAUCCUCGACCUUCUACACCGUUUAUCUUACCCCCAAACCAAAUAUUCUCCCCUAAAUUAGCCCCAACGCAACCUUCUGAGAACGCGAUAUUUAAGACAAAAGAAGAAAAGGCACCUAAAUCCAAGGGUUAUUCGUACCCUAAGCCUUCAAGACCAUUUAUUUCUUCAUUGAAAACUGCAACAACUGUAAGACACAUACAACCUGAUGCUCCAAUAAGCACUUCCGAAAAUACCCGAACUAUUAAAACACCCAAAUCUGAAGGAUACUCUUAUCCUAAGCCAAAAAUAUCGAAGUUCCGCUUUUGAAUUCAACCACACGACCUAUUCAACUAAA